AUGAGCCCCUUUGCCCGACCCCGAGUCCCAGAACUCGAACCCCAAACAGGUCUCAGCGAAAGAGAACUACUAAACUUUAUCGACGGUCUAAACGAAGCAUUCAUGGCAAACCCCGCCCUCCGAGCAACGGGCCAGAUUGGCAUGAUGGUUGGCUUCGUUCCGCUGGCUACAACGCAGAUUAUAGGUAAUAGUUUGGAAGCUGCUGCUGGUUUGGCGGGUGCCGGUGUUUCUGCUGUUCGGACGAAACAGUAUCUGAAGAAGGUUAAUCAGGUUACUUUCGGGCCGAGGGGGUUUUGUGCUAGGGUCGUUAAGACGGAGAAGAUGCUUUCACUUAUUGGGGUUGGGGGAUCCUUCUCCUCGGAUCAGUAUAGUGCUCUUGUUGGGAGGCACUCUUCCGAUGUGGGUUCGUCAACUGGAGGGUCUGGUUCAAGGAUCUAUAGCCCUGAACAGACAGUUACUCAGAUGCAACGCCCCCUCGAAAAGAGAAUGGCACUGCUCGGUGAUCGCGUUAUGAGACUUUCGUUCGAUAAUGUGGCUUCACCGGCUGAAGCGAACAACUGGAUAAAGAAAUGGGGUACAUACUCUGCGCAAAGGGCAGAGCAGAAACAACUCCAAAAUCUGAAAGAGAAAGAAGAAAAGCAGAGUCGCAAAUCCGACAAGGCGGCAAGAAAGGCUGGACGAAAGGGACGGAGGGCUGACGACAAAAUUGCCGAUAUCAUGGACGAGAUCGAUGAUCUUCAAUGUCAAAUUCAGGGCUUGGAUUUGAGCCGGCGGAAAGGUGAGAAGACUGAGCGCGAGUUACGCAGGGAUUUGAGGAGGUUGGAGAGGAAGCUCGCGGAGUUGGAGGAGGAUAAGGAGUAUGAUAUUUCUCGCAAGAGUAGCAGGGUGCAUAGAAAGGAGACUAGGAGGAAUGAGAAGGAAACUAAGAAGAUUAACAAGCUCUACUGGGUUGUCAUCUUGCCUGUGGAUCAGAAUCCUCCUGAUGAGGAACGUGACUUGGAGUCAGAGGAAGAGGAGGAACAGGCUGUUACAGAUAAGGCUUCAAGGAUUUAG